UCCGGGGGUCUGUGACAGGUACACUUGUGACUACAAGUACACGCUCCCAGCACUAGUUGCUCCCACUGCUACAAGAUACACGGUACUGAAGACAGUCAGUUUGGAGGUUGGAGGCGGGCCGUAGCUGAGCUCUGGCAAGCUCGACUACACUAGUUAUACAUGGCUUGUCGCGCGCCAGUGGUACACAAAGUUUUAAAUUCCUGUAACUGGAUGAAGUUGAUGGUUUGAGUUGACUACUGUGAUUCACACAACUAACAAAUAAUGGUUGGUACAAAUAUCCAGGUUGGAGGGAGUUUCCCGAGACAAUGCCCCAUAUGCUGUAUAAAUUCUAAUUCUAAAGAGGAGUUUGAGGAACAUAAGUCAUCGGCUGAGCACCGUGUCAGGUGGCUUAAGCACUGGUACAAUACCAACAGGCUUCUACUUGCACAAGACAAGAAUGGAGUUGUUAUAUGUCCCCAAGCAAAUCAGGAAAAUGUCACCUUUGAGGAGAGGUCCGGCACUAUAUCGGUCAAACUUAGACCAGGUGGGACGAAAUCUGUGCAGAUCCUGAUUAAAAACACAGGCGCAGAGCCAGUCAUCUUGCGCCAGAUAGAAAUGCUUCAUUCCUGCUCGUCGGUUUCAUUAGAGGAUCUUCAUGGUGUUGUGCGCGGUGAAAGAUUCGUCAGAGUUCUCUCGGGUGUGGAAUAUGGCCUGGAAUGUCACGCACAAGCUGGAGGAUCAUUAGGGGUGUCACAAGUACCUGUUGCAUUCCAGUUCAAACCUGAGCAAGCAAAUGAGCUCUUUUUUAUUGUGAGAACAAUGGAAAUCAAAGUCUUGGAUAGUGUGGCUGAAGAGUCUUCUGCUAACUCUGUCUAUGAGAAACCACGCUCUAGUUACCCAGUGCGGCAUGAUUUUGGCUCAUUUAUUCCUGGAGUUCCUCUAAAACAAGAUAUGGAUGAUGAUUUACCCAAGAUUAUUCCUCUGGAGCAUUACGAGUACAAACCCAAGUUGCGUGUAAUAGCUAGCAAAAACUUCAAUCCAAAUAAAGUUGAUUCCAAGUAUGAGGCUGAAACAAAAAAAUAUAGGGACAUGAUGAAAGCUGGCUUGAAUGCAAAAAAUUAUGUGGACUGGUUUCAAACUAUGCUGUGGGUUGAGGAGAUGCAAAUGGAGAUAGACAUUCGCUACUACAGCAUGCCUGAGGCAAGGCUGAGGAAAGUCCCUCUUACAGUCUACUCUGCUGCAUCAUGUGUGGAACUUGAGGUUCCUGGCCUUUCAGAAAACCGUCCAUCUGUCCUACCUGGUGAUAGUGUAUUUGUUACAAUUGGGAAAAAGAAACCUGUGUAUGAAGGCCGUGUCCACAAGAUCAAUGACAAAUCGAUCUACUUGGCCUUCAGUCAACGGUUCAUGGAAAUUUUUGUGGAUAAGAUGAAAGUGAAUGUUGAAUUUGAAUUUAAUCGUUAUCCACUGAGAGUGUGCCACCGAGCGCUGGUUCUCACUGGACAAAGAUCUUCAACAUACUUGACCUUCCCCUCUCCUCCAACUAAUAAUGUUCAAUUGAUAGAGGAUAUCCUGCCAUACAACCGUAAGCUACAGACCAACAAGGAGCAAAUGCUAGCAGUGUGUAGCAUCGUCUCGGGGACAUCGAAGCCAGCCCCGUAUAUAGUGUUUGGCCCCCCGGGUACCGGAAAGACCGUUACUAUUGUAGAAGCCAUUAAACAGGUGUACAAGAUGCAGCCACUCAGUAGGGUGUUAGCAUGUGCUCCCUCUAAUUCAGCUGCAGAUCUCAUUGCUGUACGGCUUCUAGAACACAUUAACAAGACUCACUUGCUGAGAAUGCAUGCAAAGUCUAGACAAAGUAUUACAAUUCCGGAUAAACUUCUAGAAAUAUCUAACCUGAGAAAUCAUGAAGUAUUCUACCCUUCAGGAGAAGUGUUGGAAGAAUAUAGAGUUAUUGUGUGCACAAUGGUAACUGCUGCCAGGAUUGUGUCUGCAGCUCUUAAAGCUGGUCACAUAACCCAUGUUUUCCUUGAUGAAUGUGGACACUCCAUGGAACCUGAAGCAAUGGUGCCACUGGCAGGAGUGUUGGCUAAAGACGGCCAGGUGGUGCUGGCUGGAGACCCCUACCAGCUGGGGCCAGUGAUAAGAAAUACACAAUGUUUCUCUAGUGAGAAACUCUUCACAAAUAAUGGCUUGGACAAGUCAUACUUGGAGAGAAUGAUGGAAAUGGACAUGUAUCAGGCCAAAAAUGGGACGUUCAAUAAUCAGGUCGUGACCAAGCUGCUCAACAACUACCGCUCUCAUAAGGAUAUUCUUAAGGAGCCUAAUGAGUUAUUCUACAAAUCAGAAUUGAAGCCAUGUUCAGACCAGGUGUUGGUGAAUUCUCUCUGUAACUGGGAGCAUCUUCCAAAGAAAAAGUUUCCCCUCAUCUUCCAUGCAGUUAAAGGCAAAGAUGAACGAGAAGGAAAUUCUCCCAGCUACUUCAAUUCUCUUGAGGUGUCUUCAGUGAUGGACUAUGUAAAGAAGCUCCUUGAUUCUAAAAACCCAAAGAUCAUGCCCAAGGAAAUUGGAAUAAUUACUCCUUACAGAAGACAAGUAGAGAAGAUCAGGAACCAAAUGAAGAAAGUACAUGGCACAAAUGAUAUUAAGGUCGGCUCCCCUGAAGAAUUCCAAGGAGACGAACGGCGUGUCAUCAUAAUUUCUACUGUUCGUGCUUCUGCUGAUAAGCUUGCUGGUGAUCAGUUCUUCAAACUUGGGUUCUUGCGCAAUCCUAAGAGAUUUAAUGUGGCUGUCACUCGUGCCAAGGCUUUGCUCAUCAUAGUUGGCUGUCCAGAAAUCUUGUGUUUGGAUGAGCAUUGGGGAAAACUGCUUGAUUUCAUACAACAGAAAGGCGGUUAUCGAGGGCAUAGAUUUUCUCGAAAUGGUUUUGAUGAUUUGGAUGAUAUUCUGACAAGAUUUGAUAAUCUCGGCCUCCGUCCAGUAUUAGGAGAGGAUAUCAGUGUCCGGGAAUUAGCGGAGACUCCUGAGUGGCGUACGGAACACUGAUGUACACGUCCAGCAGUAGGAUAGCACACGAGCGGUGCCGAUACAUGAGUGUGUGUCCUACGCUGGGCUCCAACAAGUAGUGCACUGUCACAUGUACCCUGCUCUGGGCUCACACUAGAGGCUUUAGCCAUCCAUUAUCACCAACAGCAUGACAAUCAUAUUGUAGAAAUGUGUGGACAUUUUGUUUAUAACACUGUUAUUUGUAGGUGAUUUACUCCUUCAUGUAUGUGCUUACAAUAUCUAGCUCACAACUGGAGUUUAAUCACAACUGGAGUUUAAUGAAAUGGUGCUUGUAUUUUGUGAUGUAUUUUUAAAGAUUAUUUUUCUGUUAAUUACAUAAUUAUGUUUUCUCGUAUGUUUUUUUUUUUAUAUUUUAUGUAUUUGUCUGAUUUUCUUGGACAAUGAAACUCUAAGACAAUAUAUACAAAAAUAUAUGUUAUGUUCUCAUGAGGUGAGGUCAUGUGAUGGUAGUUUAUGGGCAGAAGUUUCAAUACUUGUAUGUGAUAAGUUAGUGUUGAAGUAUCACCUUUUACACUUUUUUUUUUUUAAGUAUCUUAUUCUGAUAAUUUUUAUAUUAUUUAAACACCAACACUGAUUCUCAUUUUUGUCAAUCAUAAAUACUUAGUUCUCAAUCACUUUUAUUAAGAAAGUUGCUUAAUAAACAACUUUUCUUGUAAUUGUUUAGAUUUAGAUUUUUCAAAUACUUUUAUUGAUUUCAGUAUUGUGUAGUUUUUGAGGCGUCGUCACUUUUAUGUUCUCUUUUAGUAAUGUGGAAGUUCACCGGAGAGGAACUUUAAAAGUACAAGUGGAAUUAAAUUGUUACAAAUAAUUGAAAGAUUGUUGCAGACAAUUGAAUGAUAAUUGGAAUAUUUCUGAUGUAUCUGUUUAAUUUGCAUAGCACAUCUUGCAAUAACUACCAGUUUUUUAAUAGAUGACCAAAGAUGAAUUAAAGCGUGCACAGGUGCAUAACUUUAAAGAAAAAAUUAAGAAUAUAUAUAUGAGAGUUUUUUGUAUAGAAUAUAUAAGAAUUAGCUAUUGUGUAUACCUCUUAUAAGCACAAAUUUCAGAUUUAUCGAGUGCCAGUUUAGUAGAUUAGUAAUGCUUGUGCACAGGAGAAUGUACCUAUUUACCACUGUCUGUGCACAAUCAGAUAUAUCUAUGCAUCAGUUUGAGAUACAGUGACAUCUCCAAAAUCCAGAUCAUUUCAUUUCGGACCUUAUCUGGAAGUUGCAUGAAAUUCUGAUUACUGGAAAUUUAUCCUUCUGUAAAAUGAUUGUGCACGAAAAAUAUAUACCCAAAUCUAGGGUUUCACCUAACGUGAUGUAGCACAGACUGGUCUUGAUAAUACAGAGCAGCAAAAUGCUGUUAUAGUGCUAUAUGAUUCUGACUUAUGCUUCUGUUGUCAAUAAUGUAGCCUUAUUGUCUAAAUGGUAUGGAUUGUUAUUCUAAUAACGUUGCCUUACAAGACCAUGAAAAGGAGGUUCCUCUUAUCUCUGUCUGAUGUACACAUACUACUAUUGCCACACAACAUUGCUUCAGUGUGCAUAUAAUGAUAUAUUAGAAAGAAAACAAAGAAAUUAAAUUAUAAUUUUCAAAUUAAAAUGUCAAAAAAAUAUGGUUUGAUAGAAAUUACUUGAUUAUGAACCGAGAAUUCUGAUUUCACUGCAUCCCUCUCCAGAAUCCGUUUAUUUUCUUAAGAUAUCCAGAUUUUGGAGGGGGAAAUCUAGUAGGGAGAUUUGGUCCAUUGUUUAGAGGGAUCCAUUAUUGUGAAGGUCUGAAUUUGGGAGGGUGCACUGUAUAGUAUAUGCUAAAUGGUGGAUUUUUAUGUGCACCAUCUUCUGUUAAAUGUGGGACCAAGUAAAUAACAUGAGUUUUCUUAAUAUUAUCUUAAGUAAAUUAGCAGUGAAGCCCUUGUGCCUAACCAAGAUUAAAUGUUUAGCACUUACUCCAAGCCAUAUAUAUUACACCUGGCUUGAUUUGUGUGAAUAUGGUAAAGAUGGAAGCAUAUCCAUAUUACAAACACUUUCUUCAGAUUUGUGAAGAGUUUCUGGCCGGUUAUAUUGCAAUACCAAUCAUUUGUGCUUUGAUAUCAUGAGGUGUGGGUUUUACCGUAACAUCACAUAGUGAUCAAAUGCGGUGAAAGGCAGACAUUCUCCUAUGCUGUACUAAGGCCUCAGACUACCCAGCAUUUCUAUCCUGGCAGUAGUUACUAGAUACUGUGAAUUAUGUCAUGGGACUGUCAUCUCAUUCUUUUUAAGAAGUUAUUGCCACUACAAAGAAUGAAAUGUAGAAAAAUCUUGAUUUGUGAGUAAAGUGCGAGCGCGCGCACACACGCACAUGUGUGUGCGUGUGUGACAUCGCACAUGUUGAUGCUGGGGAGACGGAACACCACAAGCGUAGCUCUCAUCCUGUAACUACACUUGGGUAAUUACACACUCACACGCUCGCUCGCUCGCUCACUCACUCACUCUGACACUUCAUGUUUGUUGUGCCAGCUGACCCAUCCAGAGUUAUGAUCCUGCCAGUGUUUGUAUUAGUUCCUAUUUCCAUGUCUGUACUGUAGUUACAACUCAUUUCUUUCCUGUGUUUUUACAUCCAUUUAUGCCUGUUACUUAUUCUCAAAUACCUUUUUUUGUGUUAUCAUUCCACCCAAAGCAUUCCUAUAUCAUUAUCCUAGAAUUUUAUAUGAUUUAUGUAUUCUAAGAUUACAGUCAUUUAUUUGAUAAGGAGAAAUUAAAAACUCAUGCAGUUAUGAUACCUGAUGUAAGACUUAAUAGAACAAGUCAUUUUCUUGUGAUCUUAGGUGUAGUAAUAUCGUCAUAUUUACUGACUUUUGCUCAUACUUCCCAUGGUAUUAUUUUUCAUGACUGUGUACUGUAUUUUUAAUAUUGGUGAUAAAAAAUAACUUCGAAACAAUUGUGGCAUUUUUUAUAAUAAAUUUAACUAGAAUGAAACUGAUCAAA